UAAGAAAGUCAUAAUGUUCAGAAUUCAAAAUACCAUUUAUAGGUUACAUAAAAAUGUCAAUUCCCACGAACAUUUUAUAUUCUCUAAUGCACUCAAACAAUCUUAUUUAAAUUUACCGCAGUUCAAGUUGCAUCAGCAGCAUACACUCGUAACUCGAAAUUUCUGCAAUUGGAAAACGUUGAUUAACAAAUCAAGCAGGAUCCCAAUUUUUGGUAACAAUUGUACGUCUCAUCAAUUUUUAUGGAUACGACCAAGUAUUUUCCAGUUUUUUAAAAAAUUCUCUACAGAUCGAUUAAGUUAUAAUAUAAAAGUGGAGAAUAAUGUUAUGUUAUAUAAAUAUGAAAACCCUUGGAUGUUCAAAAUUUCAGUUGUAUGUGCAGUUCUUGUAUUUCUUGGAAGUUUGUCUAUGAUAGAUAAUGUUUAUUUAAUUUUAUGCAAAGAUCUUUUUCAUGAAGAUAAAAACUUGUUAACAAGAUUACGUGAACAUAUAUUCCCUCUAUCAUUGAUUGCUGUUGGUGUUUUAUCAUGUCCAGUGGUAUUGUUUGUUAUAUGGUAUGUAACGAAAAGAUCUGUAAAAUACAUAGUUUUACAUAAAGGCAGCACAAAGGCAUCUAUAGUCACUUAUCAUCCGAUAAAAGGCGAACAUAAAAUAACUGUACCAUUAUCAGAGAUAAGCUGUACAGUAUCUAGAUUGGAUAAAAGAUCAUGCGUGUAUAUAAAAAUAAGAAAUAAUAAAUUUAACUAUAUGAUUGAAAAAGCUGGAUCCUUUGUUAAUCCAGAAUUAUUUGAUGCCACAAUUGGCACACAUCGGUUUUAAUUAAAACAUAAUAUUUGUAAUUGUAUACAUUGUA